UUGAAGCUGUCAAGAAGCGUUUAUUAUAGAAAAAAUGUUAUAAAAAUCUCUAUUUUGUAUGUUCCGUGUAUUCAUAUUAACUAUUACUUUCCCUGUGUUCUCCUAACAGAUUAUUUGGAUAUUGGUAUAUUCAGGUUACAGAGAUGGAAGCAACUUUCGACAAAUUUAAAGGAAUAAAAACGUAUUCUAGAGUAAAUAAUGUUAAAUCAAACAAUCAGACUGUUACCGUGAAUUCUACAGAUAAAAAAGUACCUUUAACUACCAAGAACGCUGUAAAAUUUCUUCUAGAAGGAACUCUAAGGUUAAAAGUCUGUAGGUAUUGUCUUAGCGUCACUACUUCACUAUCUGAAUUGGAUGAAAUUCUGGUGAUAGCUGUAAAUAGCGCACUGCACGAGGUCACCAUACGUGAUAUGGUAGCAAGCUUCCAUCCUUUCAAGGUUACCGAUGAUAAAAAUUUUCCAAACAAGAUAUGUUCAGAUUGUUUGAACCGAACAAUGAAUUGCUACCUGUUUGCCCAGCAAUGUGAACGAUCCGAAAGAUCAUUACGGAAUUGUUUCGAGGAUAUGUAUGAUAAAUUUGAGAAACUUGAUCCGAUCGAACCCGUAAAACGGAGAGGCAAACCUAAAUUGAAUCCCAACUGUAACAUUUUGUACACAGAACACAACGAAGUCAUGAAUUACGCUGAACCCAUAAUAAAUAUUAUCAACACUGAUACUGUUGCCAUAGAAGAUAAUUUCAUCACUGAGUUGGAAUGCCAGAAAUGUUGGCAAGUUUUACCGACGGCAGAAUCACUAUUAAAUCAUGAGAAAAUACAUCCGAAAUCCAUGUGGUACAACUGUAGGUUGUGUGGGAAGUCGUUUGUUAAACGAUGCCAUUUGAAGAAACAUUUAAAAUCUCACAGACAACUCAGUAAUUCGGAUAACACUGAAACUUCAUACAAAUGCAAUGACUGCGGCAUCAGCAGCGACACAUUAUCAGAUCACUAUCAGCACAUAGAGAAACACAAGUUCAAAGAUAUGUUUGAGCAUUUAAUUGAGGGGAAUAUUGGUAGCUUUUGUGCUAUCUGUAUGGAUAAAGGUCUGAAAAUGGUCGAGUUGUCCGAAAUGGUACAUUUACACGGAGGUUAUCCCGCUUUAAGUAGGGACUUGACCAUUCAGAAUGUAUUGACAGCAACCAUUCCUGGUAUUCAACUCGAUAGCUACAUGGGGAAUAAAAUCUGCGACAGCUGUGUCAAUCACGCUCUGAACACGUAUAUAUUUAUAAGCAAAGUACAAUAUGUCCGGAACAGAUUGAACACUUCGGUAACACUUAUGUUGGAUAAUCUGAAUAUAGAUGAUCCAGAGAGUAAUGUUAUGGUCGAAAUAUCUAAGGAACUGAUACUACCAUCUGUAAAAGAUGCUGAUGAUACAGAUGAUUCAGAUGAAUCCGACUACAAAGUAGAGGUUUUAGAAGACGAAUUCCGGGUAGAAUACAGCGAGAGCGGGUCGGAAUCGGAUUUUAAAGAGGAUUCUAUAGCCUUGAGCAACGAUAUCCAAGAUCAACUCAAAAAUGUCACUAAGACAUACAGCAAGAAAGUUUUCAAUGGAUUUCAAAUGAAGAAUGAUGAAGACAGUCUAGACGUUUGCAGCGAAUUCCUAACUUUCAAGAAGAGAGUGAAAACCAGAAAACGCGCCCCAAAAAUACGUUACACCUGCCCAUUCUGUAAUAAAAACUUCAUAUCAGAUUACUUCCUCAAGAAGCACGCUCUGAAACACAUCAACGGGACGGUUGAAUGCGACUUAUGUUACGACCAGUUCAAAUCGAAGUUCCAUCUCUUCGAACACAAGAAGAUGAUGCAUCUAUUGCAAUCACAGAACUAUAUGACGUGCAACAUCUGCGGUAGAACCUUCGAAACUGCGAACAAAAUGAAAAUACAUCAGAAAUGCCACAGAUAUAAGGAGUGCCACCUGUGUAACAAAUAUUUCAUCAGCCAGAAGUACUAUGACAUUCAUAUGCAACGGCACGCGGCCAGGUUCAACACAUACAGGAACAGGGACGAACAGACAUGUAGUUUUUGCGAGAAGGCCUGUUCCAACGAAAACGAACUCUCUCUCCAUGUCAAUAAAGUCCAUUUACAGAUAAAACCGUACAGUUGCGAUAUGUGCGAAAAGCAGUAUUACACGGAAUACAACUUGCUGAGUCACAAAAAGCUUCACAGUCUACCAUGCAAGGAGAUUUGUGAAUUUUGUAACAGAGUAUUCAAAUGUAGGAAGAAUUUGGUCAUACACGUCAGAAAGCAUAUAGGCAUAAAACCACACAACUGUCCUGUUUGCAGACAAGCAUUCUAUUCAGACAGCAUAAUGAAGAAUCACAUGAAAAAUUACCACGGAGGUAAAUUCUGUUGUAGAUUAUGCCGGACUGUUCUCCAGAGCCAGUUCGAUUUGAAAACUCAUAUAAACGUUGCCCACAGUUCCAUGUAGCGUUUACUUUCGUCUUUAGGCUAUGUUAUCAUAUUAUUGGAACAUUGAGUGCCUUAUGUAUUAAUAUUGCAAUAACUUUCCAAAUAUUUGCUUGGGAUGACCUCCAAAUUGAGAAAUUACACUGAGCUUAUCUCGCAAUAUUCCCUAGUGACUGGCGAGUGGAUAGCAUCAAGACAUACAUUCACACUGUACAUACACACAUGUAUACAUAUAUUUUUUAUGUGCUCUUCCCCAUAAUUUUAUAAUAAUUUUUCCACCAGCUCAAUGUACAUAAAUAUUUGUUUAUUUUAUAUUUUAUUUUUUCUAAGUUAGUAAACAUUAUUACUUACAUAUUUUUUAUAUUGGGGGUUGUAUUAAUUUAUAGAUUUCGCUUAAGUGAUUUAGACCAAAAUAAAUUUAGUGUUGUCCAUCGACAUGUCUAUGGUGAUAGUUUAAAAAAAUAAUAAUAUUUAGCACAAUAUAUUGAUAAUGGUAACCGAAAUUGUAUUUGAUUACUUAGAUUUAAUGGAUUAUAUUAUAUAAGA